UGAAUGCAAAUUACUUUUGCACUUUGAACUCACGAGCUGAACAGACUGCCUCUAAGGGGCGACUUGCAGCCACCUCUUUCUUUGCCGGAUUGGGACUGCAGCAACUAUACGCCACAGCCCUGAUCCUUUCCACAGCACAAAAAGGAGUCAAGGAAAGAGCAUCAUAGCCACCAGCUCUUCAGCUUUUCGGUGCUCUUUUGGCACUGCGUCAUCUGGAUAAGAAGGGCUGACGAUCCUUAUCACGCUGAAGAACAAAGCUCUGGAGUUCUAAGAAGAAAUGGGCCACUCUCAUCCAAAAAUUCAGCACCACCAUCAUGAUUUUAACCCUGAGCGGGAUGCCAAGAAACUACACAAGGCUUGCAAAGGAAUGGGAACAGAUGAAAAGGUAAUUAUUGAGAUCCUGUCCAGCCGUUCAUCAGACCAGAGGCAACAAAUAAAACAGAAGUACAAGGCCCUUUAUCACAAGGAUCUGGGAGAAGUACUCAAAGGAGAUCUGAGUGGGAAUUUUGAACAGGCCGCCUUGGCCCUCCUGGAUUGGCCCUGGGAAUAUGAUGCCAAGCAGCUUCGGAAAGCAAUGAAAGGAGUAGGAACUGAUGAAGCAGUGCUAAUUGAGAUCCUCUGCACACGGACCAACCAGCAAAUUGUUGCAAUCAAGGAUGCUUACCAAAAGAUUUUUGAUAGGGAUUUGGAAUCUGAUGUCAAAAAUGAUACCAGUGGGUCACUCAGAAAGAUACUUCUUUCUGUUCUGAAGGCUAGCAGAGAUCAAGGGGUGGAGAUCAAUGAAACCCUGGCCCAAAAUGAUGCCAAGGAUCUUUAUGAAGCAGGAGAAGGUCGCUGGGGGACAGAUGAGCUGGCUUUCAACGAUGUCUUGGCAAAGAGAAACUACAUGCAGUUGAGGGCUACCUUUGAAGCCUACAAACAACUGACUGGUAAUGACAUUGAAGAUGCUAUAAAGAGUGAAACUUCUGGAGACCUCAAGAAGGCCUAUCUAACAAUUGUAAGCUGUGCUCAGGACAGUCAAGCCUAUUUUGCUACUUGUCUUUACAAUUCCAUGAAGGGAGUUGGGACUGAUGAGGAGACGUUAAUUCGCAUCCUGGUAACACGAGCUGAGAUUGACCUCCAAUCAAUUAAGGAAAAGUACCAUCAGAUGUAUAAUAAGUCUUUGGCUGAGGCCAUUCAGUCUGACACAUCUGGAGAUUUUAAGAAGCUGCUGGUGGCACUGCUACACUAAGUCCUUACUGAAAGAAACAGUUCCUCAGUGAAUGAAUUCUAGUUUUCAGAAACUGGAAUAAUUACUUUUGGGACUACAGCUCGCCCUAAGAUGGUUGGUGUAUUCUCAGAAUUAUAUGCCUGAUUGUCUCUAGUCUCAUUUACAGCAGACCCAUUAACUCAGUGGGAUUUACCUAAAUGUUGACAGAUGACUGUAGUCUUCCCAAGAGUAAUAUUUCUCAACUGUGCUUGUUUCAUAUAUAAAAAUAGUGUUACUAUAGCUUUUUUU